AUGGCGGAGUUCGUUGAGGAAGGGCAAACGCGCCCGCGGUGGCAGGUCAUCACAAUGAGAAUAUUGAAGUUCAUCCUGCACCAGUGGCUUCUUAUCGGGAUGGGAGUCGCCUGUGCACUAGCCUACUGUUUUCCCAAUGUUGCGAAGCAUGGCGGAAUCAUUCGGUCGCAGUAUAGUGUCAUGUACGGAGUGAUCGCGAUCAUUUUCUUGAUUUCAGGACUGAGUAUCGAUCGCCGGAAACUCUUUUUGCAGUUCAUGAACUGGAGACUGCAUCUCACCGUCCAGGUGAUUUCCUUCUUGUUCAUCCCCGCCGUGGUCUUGGCGGUUGUUUAUGCCAUUUUGGCUGGGGAUCCGACAGGGAAGAUCGAUCGAUCUGUGCUGGCAGGAUAUAUCUUUGUGGCGUGUAUCCCGACAACGAUCGCCUCGAAUGUGGUCAUGACUCGAUCUGCGGGUGGCGAUGAUGCUGCUGCGCUAGUGGAAGUUCUAAUCGCUAAUGUUCUUGCUCCGUUUUUUACUGCUGCUUGGACUGUGGCUUUGAUUCCUAAGACUCCUGAAUUCGAUGUAUGGAGGUAUGGCGGUGGAGAUAUGAGCAGCAUGUACAGAAAUGUCUUUCAGCAACUGGGGUUGAGCGUGUUGCUGCCUUUGUUUGUGGGACAAUUGGUGCGAUGGACGUGGCCUGAUCGUGUAGCCUGGGUGUUGCAGAAGACAAAGCUACCCAAGUUGGCAUCUGUCUGCAUGUUGCUGCUGAUUUGGACGACAUUCUCAUCCUGUUUUGCCACAGGGGCCCUUCAGGAAAUGGACACACAGAGUAUUGUCUUUGUCGUAUUGUUCAACAUCGCCCUCUAUAUCUUCCUCACUGGAGUUUGUUUCAUCAGUGCUCGACCACCUCAAAUCUUUGCCUCAAACAAGUGGUAUAAAACUGUGUUUCAGCCUCUUUCCCCAAAAGAGACAAUUGCAGCUUGUUUCUGCGGUCCAGCAAAAAGCACGGCGCUCGGAAUCCCGCUACUGUAUGCCAUGUGGGCACCAUUAGACCUAUACCUCAAGGCUCAAACAUCCGUGCCCGUGCUGCUCUAUACCACUGAGCAGAUCUGUGUGGCUCAUUUCUUUGUUCAAAUUUUCCGCAAGUGGCACUCAUACAUAGAAAAGCGAGAUGGAGAGCAGAUCGCACGCGGUGAUUCGCCCGAGGUCACGGGAGAAAGGGCGUUACCUUCAUUAGAGCUCAGUUCAAAAUCUUAA